AUGCUCUCCAAGAAUAAACCAUUUAAUUUUAAUCAUUUUUUUUUUCUGAGAGUACAGAUUUGGGCCCAUUCGAGCUGCUGCUGCUUUGCUCGACUCGAUCUCCCCCCUCUACCUCCUCCUCCCUUACAGUCGACACGGCAGCGACAUCAGAUCCUGAUACAUAUUUUGACCUUUUACUUCAAACCUUGUCAAUCCAUCAUCGAUUUGACUGCCUCCACUUCCCGCGUUGAUACUCGGCUACCCACUCCCUCGUUACACUCUAUUGGUUUCUUUCCCCCUCUCUCACUUCUUCAUGACGCUUUCUCUUUUACCUCACCAUUUUUUUUUUUUUGCCUUCACCGACUUUGGUUUCCAUGUUUUUAUUUAAUAGUGCCUCCCUCGCCCUUUCUGCCUUUGUCCACUUCCAAUCUAUCUAUCUAUCUAUCUAUCUAUCUAUCUAUCUAUCUAUCUAUCUAUCUAUCUAUUAUCUCAGUUCAUAUCUAUAUAUUUAUUUCUGCUUACAUCUCACUUUAA